UUUACCAGAAGCUCAGUUGAAUAUCUCUUGGAGACAGCUGAAAGUAUACGGCAAAGCAGAAAGAAACUACAACUGUUGAACUGGAAAUGGCCUCUUGUCGAAGCACUGUGCUAAUCUUUGAACAAUUGUUACUCGCUCUGUUUCUGUGGUCAGCCUGGGCAGAAAACAUAGAAGUGACCACAAAAUCUGGAGUUGUUGAAGGGAUUGAGCAUCCAGUGAUCAUCGGAGAGGGAGUAUAUGUCUUCAAUGGAAUUCCUUAUGCAAAACCGCCCGUUGGAGACCUCCGUUUUGCCAAACCAGUACCCAUUGGAAGUUGGGAAGGAAAAGUGGGCGGUGAAGCCAAACCUAAUUCCUGCUACCAAACAAAUAUACAUCACAAUCAAGAAGUUCAUGAAUUAUGGAAGCUGAAGGUACCUCUAAGUGAAGACUGUCUUUAUUUGAAUAUUUAUGUUCCUCAAAAUUCCACAUUAGGGUUCGGCAUUGACAACCCACAGCCAGAAGACUUGAUCCCAGUGAUGGUUUUUAUCCAUGGUGGAAAAUUCCAUUAUGGAUCUGCUUCGCUAGAUGCUUACGAUGGAACUGUUCUUGCUGCUGCCACAGAUGUCAUUGUUGUCACCAUAAACUACAGACUUGGUCCAAUGGGUUUCCUCCACCUCAGUAAUGACGGUGCUCCUGGCAAUCAAGGCUUGAUGGAUCAGCAGACUGCACUUCGAUGGGUCAAAGAAAACAUACAUGCUUUUGGUGGCAAUCCAGAAAAUAUCACCCUGUUUGGCGAAGGUUCUGGGUCUGUUUGUGUUGGACUUCACACCAUGAUGGAAGAGAGUAAAGGACUAUUCCACCAUGCUAUAAUGGAAAGUAUGAGUCCCUUGUUCCCACACUCUUCCCACAACCUGGAAGAAACAAAUGAGGUGACAGAACUUUUCGCCGAAAAAACAGGCUGUACCUCCAAAGAUCCCGGUGAAAUUCUUUCUUGUCUUCGAGGGAUGGAACCUGAAAAGCUGAUCGCUACUACGGAAGAAAUUAUUCAUGAAGGUCAUGAAAUGCCCUUUGUUCCAACAUAUGGUCCAAACAGUAUGAUUUCGAAAUCUCCUUUUGAACUGGCAGAAGAAGGACACUUCAAUAACGUAGUUAUACUCAUUGGAACAAAUCAGGAUGAAGGCUCAAGAGCUCUCGAACAUUAUAUUCCAGAAAAUAAAGAAGAGAUAACCAGAGAAGAGGCAAUUGAAGUAGUUCAGAAAGUGAUUUAUAACAAAAAUCCAGGUACUGCCAAAAAAAUCGUGGAACACUAUAUGAACGAUAUAGAUCCUUCCAAUACCAAGGGAAACUUGCAUGCACUCAAAGACGCUUUUGGAGACUACUUUUACACGUGCCCUUGUUUAUAUUUUACAGAAAAUUUUAGCAAGAGUGGAAAGCAUGCGUAUUAUUACUUUUUGAACUUUAUUCCUAAAAGAUACCACCAAGCCGAGCUGAUUAGCCAAGGAGACGAAGUGGAGUUUGUAUUUGGUUUGCCCUUCCAAAAGAUAGCUCUGGAAGAGUAUGCUUCUUCUGAAAGGGAUCUAAGUUUGAGAGUAAUGUCUCAUUUUGCCACCUUUGCUGAAAGAGGUAACCCUUCGCUUGCCUUGAACGAGUGGCCUGCUUUUCAUGAAGGAUGGCCAGUUUAUCAAGAGCUCAACACACUCACUCCAAAUUUUGCUUACAUCUAUAAUCAGAUGCACUGCCAGUUCUGGCGAGACAUUGUUGGUGAACAACAUUAGAAUGUCUACUGAUAAAAGAAGCUUCGACUAAAUAUAUGAAUAAGUUGAUACUGU